AUGACGCCCGCUUCCCCUCCUUUGUUUCCCUCACUUGAGGAAAUAGUCAACCAAGCCACCUUCCUCUCCUAUGGAAAAUCCCAAAUGGAGUUCUACGUCGACGUCUUGGUUCCAUGGCUAGAAAAUCAGACCUCGAACCUUGCCACCGGAUCCGACAGCGCGUCAGUAACCAUGGCCAUGGACGCAUUGGUGCUAAGCUCCAACACCCAUCUGCAAACGCUGCGGGUAUUUUAUGGUGUCAUGGUGGAGAAGAAGUUUGACCGAUCUCCUCCAUCGAUGUCAUCAGGAAGCACUUACAAUUUCUAG